GUCACCGGAAGUUUACAAAGGUAAAGUUCAAGACGGGACAAAUCCUUUUGAUAGAUGAAAAGUCCAUCGUCUGAGUCAUUCGUCGUCGAUACCAUAGGGAUUCGUGAUCUGAGCAAAGAGCGUCUUGAUGAGGCUAGUGAGCCACCUGCGGCAUUGAAAAUACUGCGCUUGUUAGCAACAACACAUCGUGAGGCUAAAGGUCCCUUUGAAGGCCCGACCGCGUAUCCAUACCAGCCUACAAGUUCUCAAGAGCAUAACAAGCGGCUAGACUCUCCGGUGUCGCUACCAUGUUCUUCUACUUCUCAUCAGCACCCUGUCAGUUGUGGUGUAGAAGGGUUGGGGAUCGAGGCGAAGGACACGAAUGCGAGUCCCUUCCAGGGUAAGGCCGGUCUCGGCUUGGGGCAGGUGGGAAAUCGAUCUAAGUACAGCAAGAUUUCUGAGACUCCAUCGCAGCAGGAAUCAAAGCCAGCUGGUUCUCCCAUUCAACCUUUCAAAUCGAAUCCCCAGCUAAGCGAUGUUAGGUACAUUAGAGAACAGGAUAAAGAUGACAACUUAGCAUCAAAUGGAUUAGGUGAUGGCUUUCCACACUGUUCCACUUCCUCUGGUAAUAGUAUUAGUAAAAACGCCAACAAGGAUUGUUGUUGCAGUGAUGGGAACAGCCUUUCUUCACGCUGCCUAGGUCUCAUCAUUAAUGGGUUCUGUGGCACUUUGAGAGCCGUCCCACAUUGGUUCAUAAUUGGGAUUGUCGGAGUUCUUAGUGCCAUCUUUUUUUACUUACCAUUGUCUACUAAUCUGAUACAUAUUUUUUUUAUUGCCCUAAGUGCAGUGAUUGGAAUUGUGUGCGGUGCAGUGUACUACGUCAGUUCGAAUGCCGAAGUCCUCUCGAUGGACGGAGAAAAAUUUCGACAAGCUGAUGCAAUAUGUCAAUACCACGAUGGGUUGCGCAUCUUUCCCUCUCUUAGGGUCCUUUCAGGAACUGGAAUCUGGUCUGUAAAAUAUUUUACUAACGCUAAUCAUUGCCCUCACAAUGGAUGUCGGGAUGAAGCAAACAUGAGUGGGUUUGGUAAAGCUUGUGAAAUUUAUGUUCCCCCUCCCCCCCCAGUUCUGCCCUUUCAGUUGCAGCUGAGUUCAUGCCAUACCUGUGCACACCCUCGCACGACAGACCUCAAUAUUAAAGGUGAAAAGGUGCACGGUAUUCAGAAGUCGGAUUUGAGGCACUCUAGUGGCGGUCGUUGCGAUGGCUAUAGGGAUCACAAGGGAAACAAGUGUCCUGGCCAAGAAUUUGGCACCACAUCCGUUGAGGUGUCUGAUGCCCCUUCACAAUCUCGAUUAAAGAGUGUCAACCCUGGAGAAAAACCGAUGGACAGCCGUAAGUGUGAUUGUCCAGGAAGAAAUUCAGAUAAUUUAAUGCCCGAUGCAACUCGACAUGGAUUUUUCUGGAACUACUGGAUCCGAAAAUCGUACUAUCGACAGGCAGUCCCAGCUGCUGAAUUGUUGCUCUUGGGAGUGCUGUUGUUAGUGUCCCCACGUUUUACUGGUGAACGCAUUCAUUCAUCGCUUCUCUCUCAAACCUCAUUAGACAUGAGAGUCUUGCCGCAAAGUACUAAUGGGGUUUCCAAUGACCAUGCGAAAUCAAGGUUUUCCUUUAUUAAAUUAGGUUUACAGCAUUCCUCUGUGCCCGUAAGGCCACUGGAGAGCGGCUUUCUUCAUCCGUCUGCGCUGAAGCCAUCUGGGGGUUUAAUAGAUUCGCGCCGUGGCAUCGUCGCUCAGGAAUGCUGCCCAGGUUCGCCACAGCGGAAGAUCGUAUCUCAAGCCGAAACUAAGAUCCCCUUGAGUAUUUCUAACAAAAUACGUCAAAACGAAUGCAUUGCACUUAAGCGAAACCUACCUCUUACUGCAAAUCGGGUGACAAAAACGUGUGAUGAAUCCCAUAAAUUUUCUAUGUUAGCACACGGGAGGACCUUCAUGAAAGAAGCCGGUGUAUCUGAAGUUACAGCUGCUGAUACUUUGAUUUCUUGCACUCAAGCUGUGGUGUUGACGGAUUCGCCAGUCGAAAUGGAGAUGCAAAAUAACCCUUCGGCUUCUGCACACAUCUCCUCUGAGAUAUUGUUUGGAGUGUGCCUGCUACACGCGUGGAUUUUCUUUGCGUUCGACAUCCUAUUUUUUGUCGAGUUAUUUGUCGCGCUUGUUCAUUUGGCUGUACUUUUGUCGUACUAUCCGUCUAUUUCGAUAUAUCACAUAGCUCUGUCAGGUUUGUGGCUAACAAUCCCAAUCCUGUGCAUACUGCUGAUGUGUUUCAGACACCAAAGUUCACCUGAAGGGAGUCGUAAGAAGGCAAUGUCAACAAUUCUGGACCAAUUACCAGAUCAUCACUUAGGCCAUAGGCCUACAUUAUUUCAUCUUUGCUUUACAAAAGGAAGUGGCGCCGACACCCUGAACAGUGUUGAACAUCGCCCCUUUCCUCAAAUGAACCAAGCUGUUUCUGUGGAUGAUUCUUUUCCCGAUGCGAACAUCGUUUUCAAAACGACAAAUCAUGAGAUGUCAGACGAAGUCAUAUUGCAUUCUUACAGCACUAUGGAGGAUUACGACUCGCCUUCCCUAGAGGAAUGUGCUCCUCCUAUGUUUACCAAUGCUCUCCAUCGCGAGCGCUUGUUAUCACCACAAGCAGCUGUGUGCGAAAGCCCUGGUGAGACUAGCCUGCCACCUAUGACUCAGGAGAUGAGUCCUGCGUUCAGCAUCCCCUCUACGAUUCGGGCGACAGACGGACACCCACCGAUGCACACGACCACGACACGGACUCCAAAUAGGGUAAGACAGAAAUUUCCGAACCUAACUCCCCCGCCGACCUCCGUCGCCAAACGCCUGGAGCGGACCCACAAGGAUCCUUGUAGUGGAUUUUGUUUUUCCGACCCCUCUCGACCGAUUCACCGCGAGGACGACUUCACUGGGUAUGAGCUUGAUGUCAUGGCGCGUGAUUAUGAUCUUGCUGCGUUCGCUAAACAACCAUCAAGCGCGUGCAAAGCGGACGUCACCGAUAAACACUGUUUUCCACGUGGGAUGGGUGCCAUGGUGGGGUCUGAGGCUUCCACAAGGGCCCCUUCCUUUCCCCAGAUUUAUUCCAUCGCAUUCGAUAGUGCAGUGCUCUACAUGGUGAACCCGAGACGCCACCUAAGGGUCCAUCCUUUUGCUCCUGCGUCUUACCACCCCAAAUGUUUUUCCUUGAAUUCUUCGUUAGGUAUUAACGUGAGUGGAUUUGACCGGAAUUGCUCAUCGGUGGUGCCUCAAAAAGGUGCAAAAUGUAUGAGAAAUAUUGACCCAAAGGUGAUCCAGCAAGGUGGAGCUCGUUCUAACCCGGUAGCUCCUGUCUCUUUAUGCAAUCAUGUCGAGUUGUCUGAGACCUUUGCCAUGCCAAUUGGAUUGGAAAGCGCUCCUUUCGCAUCCAGUCUUGUCCCUUUUGGCGACGAUUGCAAUCCUUUUAUGCUCCUUGACCUUGGGCUUGUCAUAAUUGAGGCCAGCGCGGGGAUGGCGGCCCUUCUUGGGACGACCCCGGAGUUCCUUCGCCUUCGCCGCCUUCAGGAUGUUUUGGCGUGGCUGGAGGUGGACCAGGCCACCAGCGUCCUCCUCAGUCUAAAAGAGCUCAUUUUGGCGUCGACUAAAGAUUUUUACGUGCGGCCGCACCUCGACCCUGAUGGAGUGUGCAACUAUUCGGGAAGUCUGCACCACUCCGGCGGAUGCAGGGCUAGAGCCGGCGGUGCCGAUUUUCCCCAGGGUUCUAUGGGCACAGCGCCUACCGGGAUGCAGCGCCAUUUGACGGAGGAGCAUCCGGAAACGGGUCCCACUGUUAGUCGUAUCACAUUGCGGGGCCGCUUCCCACUUCGUCGUGAUUCAGCUGAAUGCGAUUUUGAUAUGAAGCACAGGGGCGCCAAGGCUCAGGAAGACAAGCCACUGGGCCAUGAUGCUGAAAAGCUUAGGAGAUCGUCAAAGGGGUUGGGCACUUUUGCGGUGAGUUUGGAUACGUGGCUUGAGUUAUCCUCUUUUGGUGCGGAGCCCUGCUGGGAAGCCGGGGAAAGCGCUGCCCGAACGGGCCUCCUAGUGCUGCGUCGCCCGCUACUCCAUGCGGUCUGUGAUCAUCUACAGAUUCCGUUAGCACUCUUGGAUCCCCAUAAUGGCGAGAUUUUGUUUUGGAAUCGAUACGUGGAGCGGGUGACGGAAACCAGGAGCUGCGAUAUCCUCGGGUGGUCACUGUUUUCUCAUUUUUAUCCCAUUACUGACGAUGCCAACAGCAUAGAAAGCGAAGCAAAGAAUACUUUUGAGUGCAUUCAUUUGCCACCUGGAAGUGGUGGCGGCUGCAAAGUUUGUACUCCAGAAAAUUCUAUAUUUAAUCACUCAAACGCUACUGAUCGUGAAAACUUUACUUUGGGACAACAACCUGAUAGCACAAAAGCUGUAAGCGACGAUUAUGGCUUUAGAGUCUUGGAGCUACGCGGUUUGCUGCGGAUUCCAAUGCCAUUCGAUACAGAAAACGUAAUAAUGCCAUCAAAGAACGGUUCGUUUGCUAUAUCGCGUGAAACAGAAGCAAGUUCGGGCAACCAAUUUGAAGCUUGUUUUCCCUCGAAUGAUCCAUUUAUUCAGCCACACUUACGAUCGGAGGGGAUUGAGGCCCGUGAAAACAGCGCCCAAGGUGAAGUGUGGUUUCAAUGUUGUCUGCGGCCGCUGUGUGGAAUCUUCCGUGAGGAAGAAAGUGACGCAUUGAUGGGCCCCACACCUGUUUUUUCGCAUACGCAACUUGACGGAAGUGUCAAACGCAAACUAUCCAGGCAACUUCUUAGAGGCGAAGUCGAUGAAUUGUAUGGGAUCAGCAGCAGCAGGAGUACAGCCAUUGGUGCAACCGAGCAUCGCAGAAACCGUGAAGAAACAGAGGCUGCGUCCUGCAACCGACCGCAGUUUAGUGACCAAAACAAACUCCGUAACGUCCGAAAGGGUGCGAAUUCCCAUCGUUGUCGGCAUCGUUUGCCGCCAAGCGCGGCCGAACUACUUGAAAAAGAUGUAACUGCUGGUAAUCCCGCCUUCUUCGCCGCUACGGAUGAUACUAUGAGUAACAGUAACGGUAAGCCUUCCGCUAGAGCCACCCCAGCGUCCAAUAUGGGAAAGGGUGAAUCCAGGUCACCCCUUCUGCGGGAACAUGCUUCCGAUAACGUCUACGGUAACUUCUCCGGCGCCACGGGUGGCUACACCACUUCCCAAUUUGCUACGUUUCUGCAGACACUGAGAAGUCUUACGCGGGAGGAUGCACCACUGAUAUUGGUGGUAGAACAGCCUGUUUCACCUUGCUUCCCUCCGUUUCAGCAGCCUGGUGGCUUUAGUGCGUGUACCAGCCAGAACUUAGCGUGCAAUAUCCCGCACAAGCUGGAGACAUGUGACUACGUUGAUCACCGUCUAAAGCCCCACAUGCCUGUGGGGCCGAGCAACUUAUCUCUGCAGUUUUCGAAUUCCGUUAGGGCCGCUAUACAGCUUUUGAAGCAGAAUAUGAAAGAAAACAUGGCUCUGAGGUAUUCAGAUUUAUGCAAUUUGUUACCAUCCGCAAAGUCUGGUUCAUCUCUUUCUAAUCUCGUAACGACCAUACCGAGAGUACCAGCUGGUCGCGGCGAUGACGUGUUUGAGAAGGAAAACGCACUGGAGGUGCAUUCUAUGCUUGAUCACGUGAAAUCGACCGAUAUGCUUCGCUUAGCGUGCUGCUUGAAGGAGUUUGUUGAUCAGAUAAUGCACAUUACAGACCGAUAUGAUAGGGAAGUUAGCACAGUUUCGCAAACACAUAUGUCUUCAAAUUCAUCUCUGAGACUUCAGUGUCAACACCGGCGCGGGCAUCAGUGCCAUCUGGUGUCAUCGCCGAUUUCAGGCAGGUUGUGCUUUAUGUCACCUCCACAAGACCCACCUGCAGGAACACCGGUUGGGGAAGUAAAUGGGGCGGUUAACGCCGUGAGUACCCCUUCUCUGGUUGGUGGCAAGCACCGAUCCGCAUUUGGGGAGGUAAACGAUGCCGAUAUGCCGAGUCAACAACGUGAUUCAGUUGGCGUGGGAAGAGAACCGCAUGGUAGGGAUGUAGCUCAGACAGCUGCAGUGUGGUCCAAGCAUCUUACCUCAGAACCAACUGUUACGAGUGGAACCCCACCGAAGCCCCCUGUUGGCGUGUGCAGGCUCAUUUCGGACAAUAAGCGUCCCUCAAUAUUUAAUCCUCACCAUUCUCUCUUGUCCGUCAGCAACCUGAACAUCGCUUCCGACGCUGGGGAUAUCAAAGACGAGGCUCUGUCUAAUUUCGAUACAUUUGAUAGACAUAACAGGAGCUUCCAGGAUAUCGAAAAAGUCCAGGAAACGGAUGACGAAAGGGCCUUGCUGCAGUCGCGCCUACGAAGCAGUUACCUCGCCCCUUCGCACGACGACAACGCAUCCAUGGAACUCUCGAGUCCUCCCGAUGAAUUAGACCGACCGGAACACGCGUUGCCUAUGAGAAAUAGGGGCGAUGGUGGAGCCAUGGUCGUGGGUGGAGCCCUUUUCGGUCUUGAUGAACCCCUGAAUGGGAUGGAUGAGCCUGGGGUGGGUUCCUUUGGACCUGCGAUGGAGGGGGUAGCCCGGGCUCUUUUACACAGCCCAGACCCUUCGAGUAGCAUUGCCCAACCGAGUAAAAGCGAUGCGCAGUCCCCUGUUUGGGCGAUACUCCUCUCACGUGAUGAGGCCACCAUUCCAACGUGCCGUAUCCGUGUUCCCUUCGGGGAAGAAUUUUGUUUCGGUCGAAGCAGCACAUGCCACGUGGUCGUCUCGGAUACUUUCGUAAGCAGUUUGCAGUUCAAGAUUAAACGUACGAUGAUCUCCGAUCAUACCAAGGGUCAACAUCGCGAUGGGAAGCAUGUGGAUUGCGCGAUCAGUCAAGAGGAUGAUACUCCUGGCAACCAAAGCUCGGGGGGACUUAUUGUAACACUUUAUGACUGCAGUGUGAAUGGUACUUACGUCAAUGUCAAGAAGAUUGGAAAGGGUAGACGUUGCGUUCUCCACGACAACGCCCUGAUCACCUUUCGUCUGAGCACUUCUCAGUUUUUUAUGGGAUUUGUGUUUGUGUUAACGGACGCGCACGGUUUUCCUCUACGUGGGCGACACAUAAACUCAGACCGGAAGGUGAGUCGCACUGGGUUGAGCACAUGGGUUUCCAAGUGGAAGCACACUCGGGAGGCUCUCACACCCACCUCCAGCUUUGCGUCUGUUUCGUGUAAAAACGCUCCCGGCGAUGGGCAAGCCCAGUCAGUCGAUGCUGUCAGCAGCAAUCGGCCUGCUUCCUCAAGACGCUUUUCAUCACCGGAUAGUUCGAGCUUGGGCAGCAUCACCUGCAUUCCGUCACGUUCUCACAGCGCCCUACAAACCGAUCGACGUCAUCUCCACAGUGCCGCACGGCGGAAAAAAUUCAUCGUGAGCAAAAAAGUUACUCGUCGUGAGACAAUUGAAUGGAAGAUUGGGGAAGAGAUGCUUGGGAAGGGUGGGAAUGCGGAGGUUUAUUUGGGAAUCAACCUCACGAAUGGGCAGCUCAUCGCAGUCAAGCGCGUGCGACUGCCAGAUACCCUAGAAGAUCACGACAACGCCGAGGCAAAGGCCAUUCUUCAGCAAUAUCGCUCGUUAAAAGAGGAGAUCGCGGUGCUGUCGAAGGCAGUCCACCCAAACAUCGUGCGGUACUACGGCUCUUCACAAAACUCCACGUACUUUAAUAUUUUAUUGGAGUUUGUUCCUGGUGGCUCAUUGCGGGGCCUCCUUGAUAACUUCGGUGCGCUUAGCCCGGGCGUUAUUCUCAGCUACCUUCGACAGGUGCUGCAGGGCUUGGUGUACCUCCACCGACUAAACAUCGUCCAUAGCGACAUCAAAACGGCCAACAUCCUUAUUACCGAGAAGGGAAAGGUGAAAUUGACGGACUUCGGCACGGCAAAGCUGCUCAACCGCCCGCGCACCACCUUCGCCACGACCUCCAACUUCGCGCACCGCAAAGGGGGCCUUGGGAAUCGCGACACCACCCCUCCACCGGGAACGGAUGGAGGAAAUGGUGGGGGAGGGGGAGGAGGAGGGGGUGUUACGCUGCAUAUCGCGGGGACGCUACGCUGGAUGGAUCCCGAUCUCUUUCGCAGCGAUGCCACCGUUCCUAGCAUCGGCCCCACCAAGGCGAGCGACCUCUGGUCCGUCGGCUGCGCGAUGAUCGAGAUGAUGUCCGGUGAGGCGCCGUGGUUUGAGUACGAGUUCGAAAGCAACGAGCAGAUCGUGAACCUCCUGACGUACACGCAGGAGCCGCCGGAGAUCCCUGAGUGUGCGGAGUGCCCUGACUUGGUGAAGUUGGCGCAGCAGUGCUUGCAGAUCGACCCCGCCAAGCGCCCGACUUGUGCGGAGCUCCUGCAGAUGGUUAUGGCCUCUGAGCAGCGGUUUCAGGCCGAGGCGAUGCUAAAGGGCUCCUCCGGAAGCCCGCUACGGAGAGACUCGCCGUCGACUAGCGCGGGCGCUGGCAACGAUGGCGGGAUUCCACCGAACCGCGCGCUAAUUCCCCCACCCAACCCCACCACAUAG